AUGUUGUUAUUGGCAACUUUCAUAUUUGCAUAUUACACUAUCUGGACAUUCAUAACUCCGUUCCUUGCCGAAGAUAACAUUCUCCAAAACUUUUUUUUGCCUAGAUACUACGCCAUUGCAUUGCCUGUUAUUGCUUUGAUUUUAGGUGUUACUCUAGUGACUACCUUCAUUGGGAUGGUUAUUGUAAAAUCUGCUCAAAAAAAGAAGGGCAAGAAGAAUUAG